CAAGGACCAAGUGGAAGAACGUUCCUGCUAUGGAGGACUUGAAGAUCAUGGAGAUACCCGAAGAUUUGGUGACAGACAUUCUAUUAUAUCUUCCCGUGAAGUCUCUGCGACGAUUCAGGUGCGUCUGCAAAUCUUGGUGCGAUCUCUUUGAGAACCCUAGUUUUGUCACAGAACACCAUCACAAGCAAAUCACUCUUAAUUCCGAUGUCCGCUUCGUCAUCGGGAGAGAUUACUCCUCUACCUAUGAACCCAUUAUAUCCAUCAUCAAAGAUGAUGGUGACGAGAUCCCUUCGGUUACAGAAGCCAUCUCUUUUGUGAGUGUGUGUUUUGGCAAAUUCAACCAAGUUUUGGGUCCCAUUAAUGGUUUGUAUUGUGUGUGUGGAGAUGAAUUUUUUACCAUUUGGAAUCCAGCUACAAGGGAAAUCAAGAGACUCCCUGAUUCCCAGUUGCUGCCUCCUAAUUUGGGCAUCACAUUGGGUCAUGUAUACGGGUUUGGUUUUGAUAACAAAAGUAAUGACUACAAGGUGCUCAGAAUUGUUGAUUAUCUUUUAUACAUGGAUGAGAGUACUCGGCAUAUAGAGAUAUACUCCCUAAAAAGUGAAUCUUGGAGGAAACUACCUGACAUGGAGAUGGAUGUUACACUACUCAGGUUCACUAUGAAGAACGUAUGCAAGGAUGAAGUCUAUUAUUGGUGGGGUAUGACGGAAAAAGACUUUUGUAUAUUAUCAUUUGAUAUGGCUGAUGAAGUGUUUGAAACAAUGCCACUACCAUCUCUUGGUAUUCCUUGUACUGAUUUCAAUGGUUCUUUUGGCUUCAAUGGUUGUUUUGGCGAUUUCCUUGCGGAACUUGCAAUCUUCAAUGGAUCACUUGCUGUCAUUGCUUACCCAAAGACGGGGAUGAUAGGAGGAUACGGUGAUAUAUGGGUGAUGGCUGCGAAGGAGACUUGGGUGAAACAAGCGAGUAUUGGACCUAUCUGUGCGAUUCAGAGGCCAUUAGGAUUAUGGAAGAAUGGUGGAUUGUUUAUUGAAGAUAUCGAUAGGCAGCUACUAUUGUAUGAAUCUAGUGGUAGUAUAAAAAAACUUCCGUUUCAUUUUCCACUACAAGUACUAAAUUAUGAAGAAAGUCUUGUUCCAAUCAAUGGGCGCAAGUGAGAAACUCCGAAUGUGGAACUAGAAGAGACAAAGGGAUCAUCAUUCUAUAUAAAUUGUAUGUCAUUUUCCUUGGUUUUUUUUUUUUUUUUAUCUCUUCUUCUUACCAAUUAA